AUGAACUGUUAGCGUACUAGGUUAAAAAAAAAACAGCACGUUUAGACGGCGAAAAGGAGAGAAAAUAACCUCAUGCUCACGCUAAUAAAUAAAUAUGGAGACUAAACAGAUGAAGUGAAGCACAAGGAUAAUUCCAGACUCAUUUUGAGCCCGGGUUCCACGACUUGGCUUUGACUUUGUUCACUUGUCACUCACCAUGAGGAGAGCCACAAGAUCCUCUUCAGGGCGUCCUACCAGUCCUGAUGCAGAACUAUUUCAGGAGUAUCACAAGGAUAGGAACACAAGAUCUAGGAAACCCUCUGGGCUCCCAAUCAGUCCAGACGCAGAGCUGUGGCAGGAGCCCGAAGAGAGGGCCACACGAUCAAGGAAGCCUUCAGAGGACCUCGUUGUCCUGGAGCUGCCUCGUAUCACGAGGAUAGGGAAGCGCAGUGGAAGUAGUGGGAGGUCUCCAGAGCCCCCAAAGCUAUCUCCAAGAGGUGGGAGAAGUGCAGAAGGUGGACACAAGCAUGAGAAAAGAGGCUUGUCCCCUGCAGAAGAAUCUCCAAGAGAAACAUCCACAAAGAAAAGGAGACGAUCUGGUCGCGUGGUAGAAGAAGAUGUUGAAAAGGAGAAACAGGAGAUGCAAGAAAAAGAUGAGAAAGAUGAUGGUGAUAAACGGGACAAAGUUUCAGAGAAGAAAGGUAAAUCUCCCCGAGAAAGAAAGCAUGAUGGCAACCUGAAAGAGAAAGGUGUAAAAGAGAAAGAUCCAAAAGAGAAAGAGGACAAAGAAGUGAAGGCUAAGGUAAAGGAUAAGCAUCAAGACAAUGUUACCAAAGAGCACAAGAAAGUUGAGGACAGUACAACUGCAUCAAUAGAGCCAAGCGGUAAAUCUCGGAGGAGAACCCGCUCUGGAAGACAAGGAAUUGAUGGAGAUGAAGAAUCGUCUACUCACUCACAUCAGACAACUCAGCAGGACUCCAAACCUGAUCUUCCGGAGAAGGGUGAUGGAGGCAAAAGUACAGAUGAACCAGCAGCGAAACACCAAAGUAGCAAAGAUCAUGGCAGACCUUCAUCCAAGAGCGGACAGGACAAGGAAAAAUUAGACGUCCCCAGACUUCGAAGUCCACCAAGAAGUCCAGAGAAAAGCAGGAAGGUAGAAACUGCCAAAGUAGAACUGCUUAACAUCAAUUUAGAUCUUGGGGAACUUACAGUAAAGACCUCAAGCAAACCACCCCCAAGAGGGGCUCUUAGUCCAUCACUUCGGAUGAGUCCUAGAAGGGCUAGACAGCCAAGUGGACAGAAGUCCUCUGAUGAUCCUGAAUCCAUCGAGAGUAAAGACACCCAGGAUAAGAACUCUGGUGAAGAGAUUAAAACACCUUCAACAGCUCCAAGCCACAAAGAGUCAACUGAACUCAACACCGCAUCAGAAAAAGAUCAAACAAAAGAUAAGCCGGGUAAGAGGAAGAAAUCUGCAAUUGCUUGUAGGGAUAUAUCAAAAGACUUUGAUGAGUCUAAAGAAAUUCCUCAAUCUCCCACACGGUUAACCAGAGCUAGGAAAGAAGAAGAUUUCCCAGCCCAAAAGGAGGAUACCCCUGGCAAAGAUGAUGAAAUAUUGUCCUGGGAUUCCAAGUCGAACAAAGCAAAGAAAAGUCGAAGUCCGAUGAAAUCUCCAAGAGACAGUCUUUCACUCUCUCCUCGGAAGGGCUUGAGGUCAGGAAGGGCUGAUGGUACUCCUGAUCACAACAGGGCCCAAGAGCAGGAACAGGUGAAGGUUGUUGCGAUGGAGAUGGAACAGAUCCCCCCACCAGUCUCCGCAUACACUUCUAUGGCCCAGAAGGGGGUAACCGUCAGCCAGGGGGAAGAGCAGGAUGUGCGGCCAUUGCCGGAGUUGGAACGCGCACCAACCUUCGGCGAGUUGCUCGCAGCAGAGAAGCAGGCCAAGGCGGCUGACGAUGUGACGGAGAUCUCUGAUGAAGUGGCAGCCAAGAUACGAGAAUGGAGGGUGCAUGAAGAGGAGAGCGUUGGUUUCCAGGGAGAGGAGUGGUACGCAGAGGAAGUGGAUGAAGGUGAACCGUUUUACUAUGAAUCUGAUCACAUGGCACUCAAAGGCAAUAAAGACUACAGGAUGCUGCUGCGUACCAUCACCACGCUGGAGGCCCAGAGGAAGCAGGCCGUCAAGGAUCUGGACAAACUGGUGACGGCUCAAAGAGAAGCACUCCGGAACCCCCUCAAGUUUGUUCAUAGAUUGCAGAAAAAGGACACCCUGCACCUGCCGUCACCCCAGCGCAUUGUUCUUCUCCCAGAGAUCCCGUGGGGGCGCUAUUUAGGUCAUCCGGACAGUAAGGAGCUGAUCCUAGGGCUGUCUCACCAGACGAGGGCCAGCUUGAAACCAAAAGGUAUAUUCGGCGGAGGACCCUGGGCAGGAACAAGCUCAUCAUCAAUUCCAAUCGAUGAUCAGGAUGAGGAUGAAAAGAACAAGAGUGUGAUCCGUGGUCGCCUCUGGGACGAAACCAAACCAGACACGUUCAAUCGACUUUGGACAGUCGGUGAACAGAAGCGUCUAGAGGACCUACUGACCACGCACCCGUCUGAGGAAGUGGAAGCGAGGAGAUGGGAAAAGAUUGCCAAGGAUCUUGGGAACAGGACCCGCCAUCAGGUUGCCAGUAGAGUGCAGAAGUAUUUCAUCAAGCUCGGCAAAGCUGGGCUACCCAUUCCUGGUCGAAUGCCUAACAUGGCCACAUACACUCUGAAAAAACCAACUCAGCGUCGCUACAUGAACCCUUACAACAGACUGACGUGCGCGCCCUCUACAUUCCUUCAGUCGAUCCGAGCGCCUGUCCUCAUGAACGAAGACGAUGACGAUGCAUUCGACUACGAAAUGGACUACGAUGCAGAUUCCAUUAUGGAAGAAGACGACAUCCCAAGUGAGUUGAAAGGCUCGGAAGAGUACAAAGAGUUGGUGAGACUCAAGAAGUUAAGAAACAUCACGCUCAAACAACAGACGGACAUGAGCCAUGCUGGCUAUAGCUGUGAUGGUUGUGACGUUUCACCCAUCGUUGGUGUGAGAUGGCAUUGUGUGAACUGCCCCAUGGAAAUCUCCACAGAUCUGUGCCAAAGCUGUGUGAAUGAUGAUUUCCAGUCAGAGGUUCACCGUUCAUCCCAUCGUAUGGACCCUGUUCAUAUCGGCCAAUCAGCAGGCUUCGUCGACUCGGACUACACCAGCUUCACGGGGACGUCGGGGGACUACAACUAUCUCGACCCAAAUUACAGUCCCGCCGUUCUUUGAUGGAUGAUUAUUCUUAUUUCCAUUCAAAUAUUCCUGUUCGUCAACUCGAGAAGGCAGUCUUAAGAUGUGCAUGUAUGUCAAUGAGUUUCAAAACAUUGUUGUCCCUGCAAUGGAGACAUCAGAGCCUGUAUUCAAUUCCAUACUUAAGUUUAAUAUAUGAGUAUUUUACUUAGUCUUCAGCUUAGAUAAAUACUUAGCCAAUUUGGGUAUUCAGUUCAAACUUUUGGCUAAGUAUUUUACCCUAAAUUUAAGACAGCUCCCUACCAGACUUAAGUCAAUUAUUUGGAGGCAUUGAUUGGCAGGCAUAUGGUUUUCUAACGCAGUAUCAUAACCUGCGCACAAUUAUAUUAGCGCGCAUUUAUUGCGACCAUUAAUUGCGCAUUACUUUUGAUUGAUAAAAAUUAAAAAUCUGAUUUGAAUACAAGACAAUUAAGUAAAGUUCUUAGCUUAGCAAUUUAGUUACGUAGUAAAUUUCUUACUUAUUCUAAGUAUCGAAUUGAAUACCGACCCUGGUGACUACAACUAUCUCGAUCCUUAUCACGAUUCCGCAAAUUCUAGAAUUUGUCAGAUUCAGACUUUAUUAUCUUUAUGGGGACUUUGAAUAACCACAUGUACAUUUGCAACAACAGCUUCAAGCUGUCUGUUUCUCUGGUAUGCAUGACAACUCCUGUAUUAGUGUAGCUUGCCAUAUGUGAGCUAAGUAAUGCUGCAAUAUUGUAAUCAUGUUUCUGAUUUGAGCUUUUUUUGUUUACUUCAUGUAUGACACAAACAGUAAGAAAUCAACCCGUGAGGUACAUAAAAGUAUUGUCUAAAUAGACAGAUACAUGUAUGUAUGUCUAGAAGGGAGCUGGGCUAUUAUUGUCAACGCGGACUCGUUGGAAAAUCUGAGUUAUUUGAGAGAGCUGUAUCGCAUUCAAGUACAUGGGUGAAUUUUUGCAUCAAUCAGAUCUUUUAGAAUGUGUAAAGUAGUUACCAAAAAGGUAAUGUUGAAAUGCAUUGAGUUGUUUUAAAUUUUUUUUGAUGGGUCAUUUCAUGAGGUUGAGGAAUUUUUGUGAUGUACCAGAAGUGAGAAACUAGCUAGGCCAUGAUUUUUGUACUUUAGCUUCAUGGUGAAUCAGCAUUAAUGACCCAAAGUUUAUGUAAUUUUAUAUACAGUAAAUGUGAUGUCUAUGUAAUGCUGGUAAAAGAAGUUUACACAUAUUGAGCAAAGGUUUUGAAGAGAAGCAACUGAAACAAAUGAUUUUGGGAGGGCACUAUAAUUUCAUUUUUCGUGUGUAGUAGAAGAUCUGAUACUAAUGUUAAAUAGACAUUGUCAUAUUGUUUUUGCCCCAAACUCAUGGAAUGACCCUUAUGGCUGUUUAAAGUCCGGUGUGUAUCUUGUAAUUCAACUCUUGAAACCUUACAUUGCCUAGCGGUGCCAAGUUCUCCCAAACCCUUUAGAAGUCAAUGGCCAGAAUUCACAAAGAGGUUUGAUGUAACAUAUGAACCUCCUGUAUGUAUUUGGGCCUUUGAUAUGGCUUACACUUUAUGUGAACUUGUAUCUCAAUGUGUGUAAAAAAAAAAAAUUUGUCGUCAAAUAAUUUGGGCAUGUAUAAAAUG